AUGUCUGUAAAAUCAAUGUACUGGCCUUAUGGGACAUUUAAAAAAUUAGGCAUUCCUGGCCCCAAACCUCUUCCCUUAUUUGGCACUUUGCUGCAGUAUCGAAAGGGAUUCUUUGCCUUUGAUGAAGAAUGCUUUAAAAAAUAUGGGAAGGUUUGGGGAAUAUACGAUGGCAGGCAGCCUGUGAUGUGUAUUGCUGAUCCCGCCAUAAUAAAAACUAUUCUAAUUAAGGAGUGCUACUCUCUGUUCACCAACCGCAGAAACUUCCGUCUGAACGGACCUCUGUAUGAUGCCGUGUCUAUAGCAGAGGACGAUCAGUGGAGGAGGAUCCGCAGUGUCCUUUCUCCUUCUUUCACUUCAGGGAGACUGAAAGAGAUGUUUGACAUAAUGAAGCGCCAUUCCGCUAACCUGGUCGGCAGCAUGAAAAAGAAGGUAGACGAGGAUGAACCACUGGAGAUGAAGGACUUCUUUGGCCCGUACAGUAUGGAUAUAGUGACCAGCACAGCCUUCAGUGUGGACAUUGACUCACUCAACAACCCGUCAGAUCCUUUUGUCACAAACAUCAAGAAGAUGCUGAAGUUUGACCUGUUGAGCCCUCUCUUCCUUGCAGUUGCCCUCUUCCCGAUCGUUGGUCCCUUAUUUGAAAAGCUCGAGUUUUCCUUCUUCCCUACAUCUGUGACAGACUUCUUUUAUGCUUCUCUGCGAAAGAUCAAGUCCAAUCGUGAGAAAAGCAAGCAGCAGGGUCGAGUGGAUUUCCUCCAGCUGAUGAUUGAUUCUCAGAAAAACAACGACCACGGUGAGGUGCAGCAGGACAAAGGUUUGAACGAUCAUGAGAUCCUUUCCCAGUCCAUGAUUUUCCUUUUCGCUGGUUAUGAAACAACCAGCAGCACUCUCACUUUCUUGGCUUUCAAUUUGGCAACAAACCCAGAGGUCAUGAAGAAACUUCAGGAGGAGAUUGAUGCCACCUUCCCAAACAAGGCUCCGAUUCAAUACCAGGCCUUGAUGGAAAUGGAGUAUCUGGACAGCGUCAUCAACGAGUCCCUUCGACUCUUCCCCAUCGCUGCACGCCUUGAACGUGUUGCCAAGGCAACUGUGGAGAUUAAUGGCCUUGUGAUUCCAAAAAAUAUGGUUGUCCUGAUGCCCACAUGGCCUAUGCACCGGGACCCCGAAGUGUGGCCCGAACCAGAGAAAUUCAAACCUGAGAGGUUCAGCAAGGAAAACAAGGACAAAAUCGAUCCCUACUACUACAUGCCUUUUGGAGCGGGGCCGAGAAACUGCAUUGGGAUGCGCUUUGCUCUGGUGAUGAUCAAACUUGCAAUGGUGGAGAUCCUGCAGCAGUACAGCUUCUCUGUGUGUAAAGAGACCGAGAUUCCCUUUGAGCUGGACAUCCAGGGUCUACUUCAGCCAAAACGGCCCAUCAAACUGAAGCUGGUGCCACGCUCUGAAAAAUCCUGCUGAACAAAGAAACAGACAACAAACUCAAUAGUUCUUGUUUAUGACGUUCACGUAUCUAUCAUGUAUAAAAACAAAAUGCCAGGUUCUUAUUCAGGCAGCACAGUUAUGCCCCUCUUUGUAUCAAUUGACUCAGAACAAAGAGGAAGCUUUUCUAAAACCUGAACUAUCAAUAAAAAAAAAGUU